UAUACGUUAACUUUAACUGUCUUUGUAGUGUUUUAAAAUAAGCAUGUAUUAAAUUCUUGGUCACAAUGUUAUAUAAAAUUGUAUUAUUUUUGGUGUGUUUAAUUUCCUUUUGUGGUUGUUUUGAAGAUGAGUGGAAUUCGUUUGAAAAUAGUUUUAAAAAUACAAAUAGAGAAGAAAUAUACAUUGAAAAUGUGGAAGCGUUUCAUAAAUUUAACUUUACUGUGAGAGAAUGGAAAACAUUGAAUAUUGGAAAAAUAUGUUAUAACGCUGGAUUAAUAAAUAACAGUCAUUUGGCAAUCGUAUACUUAAAAAGAAAUGAAAGCCUUCCUGGCAUUAACUUUAAAAUAUUUAACUUAAACACACCGAUAGUUAAUUUUAAACUCUAUCAUAGAAGAAAAAACGGUACUGAUUUUACGAUGUUAAUUACAUACACCGAGGAACAAAAAAUUGAAUUGGUUUGGUACUCAAUAAAUGAAUAUACUUUGGAAAAAGUUUCGGCGUGGUCAUUAGAUAAAAAGAUAUUGGAAUAUCAAUUAGCUAAAAUGGGCAAUAGGAAUAUCAUGUUUGCUCUCAGUGCUAACCUUCGAGACUCAAGCUAUUUUGUGGAUAUCUAUGAAUUCACAUUGAAUCCAGUAGAUCACUGGUUUUUACAAUCCAUUCCUCUACACGAAUCCGCCAAAUCCAUGUCAAUCAAUAUCGCAGAUUCAAUCUUUUACCUCUCUGUACCUCAACCAACUCUAAGCGAAGUACGCAUAUUUCGCUACUACGAUAAUCAUUUUACUUUGUUUAAAAAAUUGCCCAGUCAGGGCGCAGAUCAGGUGAUAUCUUUUGAGAACGGGUUCAAGUCAUUUUUAGCGUUUAACGGUUUAGAUGCCAAGAUCUACCAGUUUAGAAAUUCUGAACUUGUUAAAGAGGAGAUAGUUAAUUCUAAUAUGGAAAACAUCACUUACUGGCUGGCAGUUCCUGUCCAUACCUACCGUGAUGAGACUGUUCUAUUGGCACAAAGGAAAUUGUUCUAUCAAUCACAUUCAGCUUUCGAAAUUGACGUUAUUACUUAUAAUGGAAACAGAUUCGAAGAGCACGAAGACAUGCAAUGCAACUUAUUCAACGAGACAUACACCGGACUAAAAUGUUUGAUGGAACAAAGUUCAGAAAGUGGUCUGAUUGGAUCCUCUUAUAUAUCAUUUGACGAUUUUACGGGCUUGAUAGUUCCUAAAGUUAACAACGCAUCUGUAGUAUUUAAAAUGGAGAUUAAUAUUCGUCCGUUAGAACAUCCGAAGAAAGAAGAAAUGGACACAUUUGUUAAACGCAAGGAAAAAUUAGAAAAAGAAAUAAAAAUCCAGAAAGAAGACUUGAAGAAUCUAAAGGAACAAUACAACUCCAAUAUCCUUCUAGAUCGCACUGCGGAAAUUCCAUCUUUCAAUAAUGCCCCUUUCUUAAAACCUGAAUCAAAUACAAAAACUUCCAAUAGGGACAAUAUAAAGAAAGAAAUUGAAGAUCUAGCUAAAGACAUCGAGCAACUAAAAGACGAAAAUUUUAUGAAACUUUCAAUCAAUAAGUUUGAUAAAAUCGUUUUUAAUAACAUUGUUAACAUAACUGGUCAACUAACUACUAAUAAAAUAAAUACAAAAUUCAUAGGUAAUGAAUCGGCUUCGGACCUAAUUGAAGAUGUUGUCAGAAAAGAUAAAUUAAGCCAUAUUAAAGGUGAAAAGACUUUUUCAAACUUAAUCACUAGAAAUAUUAUGUUUAAAAACGUCAAUGGCUUACAACAUGAUGCUUUUGUUAUCAAACAUGAUGAUAACAUUGAAUUACAGGGAGAUGCAAUUUUUGAAAAUACUAUCGAAGUUGAUAACAUCAAUGUCAUUUCAGAUAUGGUCAAUGAUAUUAAUAUUAAAAAUGAAUGGGUUAAUGUGAAAGAAGCCAAAGGUAUUUUACAUUUCGAAAAUCUGCAAGCCAUUGAUGGAUUCAAUACUGAAAAAUUGAAUAAUGUAGAUUUAGCUCUGAAUUUUUCGAAGUCUUCCGAAUUUGGUAAUAGAAUCUACGAUACUAUAACCAUUCCAGGGAAUGUCACUGUUAAAAAUCUUAAUGGCGAGGAUUUUGAAAUGUUUUUGAGAGACUUGUGUUUUACGACUACUACUUGUCAUAUAUCAAAUCUAACAAUAUCUGAAUACCUCAGUGUUACUGGUGAUGUUAAGACAGAUUCCUUGAACAACUUGAAGUUUCCUGAAGACUAUGUUCUUUUAAAUUCUAACGAAGAUCAGCUAGUAAUAUCAGGUGUAAAAACGUUUAACAAUAUUAUUAGAGGGUAUGAGGUUGUUUCUGAGAAUUUAGUUAACAACAUAGAUUUAAACAAUGUUGUUACGUUAUCUGGAGACCAAGAUAUUCAGGGAAAUAUUACUUUUAAUAACAUAGAAGUCGUAUCGAACAUAGAUAUACAAGGUGAUAUUAGAGGCGAAGAAAUUGAAAAUUUUCUUCCCAAUGUUGGCUUACAAGACACAAAGCAUAUCAUAUCAAAUGUUGAAUUGAAAAGUUUAGAAAUUAAGGGCAAACUGAUAAUAGAGAAAAAUUUAAAUAAUAUCGAUGCAAGGGAAUACUUUCAAAGCUUUGUUUAUCAGAAUGAAACCGAAGUAAAUAUUACGGGUAUUAAAAAUUUCACAGAAGGAUUUACUUCAUUAAAAAAUCUCAAUAUUAAUUCGAGAAAAAUAAAUAACAUUUCAAUAGACUCUUUUAUUACAAAAGACACUGAGCAAGAGCUGUUAGGCAAUACAAUAUCUGAUAAUGUAUAUUUUGAAAAUAUAGACAUCGGAGGAUUGUUUGAUGGUGAAAAUGUUACCGAAUUGAAUGAAACUUUACUAAAAACAACAGAAAAUUAUACAAUCUAUUCAAAAUUGUUGUUCUUGGAUGACCUAGAUGUAAACACACUUCGUUUUGAAAAUCUAAAUAACAUAACAUCUAACAACGCGUCUAUAAAUCGUAAUUCUUCUACUAAUGAUGAAGUAGUCCUAAGUAUGGACGUAGAUGAUCUGGUAGUUGAAGGAAAUAUUAUUGGAAAUAUCAAACAUUUUGACUUAAAUGGACUAUUAGAUGGAUAUUUGCAUUACGUAAACAAUCAAAGUAUUUUGCAACCGUUCUAUAUUGAUAAGCUAACUGUAUCCUAUAUUGAUCCUAAAAACGUAAAUGAAAUUGAUUACGACAAUUAUUUAUCAUACAGAACACUUAUAAAAAAUGUAACAAAUGCUUUAUAUGAACAACCAAACAUUACUGAUCUGUAUGUUGAAAAUAAUCUCAAUAUUGACUCAAUAAACGAUAAAAACUUUCAAAGUAUUCUUAAUAAUGACAUGUUGGUAAAAUUAAGCAGAAAUUACAGUAAUGAAUCUUUACUAAUAACCGGAAAUUGUUAUUUUGAUUCUUUGGAAGUACUUAAUUUGGCCGGUGCUAACUUUGAAAGAUACGCAGCAAAUUUAAUUUACAAAAACGAAACAAGUGUCAGCAUUCAAGGAGAUUUAGUGUUCAUAAAUGGUGUUGGUGUCAACAAGUUGCUUGAAAUUGAUUAUUUGAACGACAUAGAAUUGAGAAACAUUUUAAGAAGGGACGCCAAACAGGGUAUCGUUGGAAAUAUAGUAUUUGUUGGAAAUGUCACUGUACCAGAUGACCUAAAAGUUGGUAUUAAUGUUCAGAAUGUCGACAUUAAAAAUGUUUUGGGUAAUAUAAACAUAACUGACAAGUUAGCUGUAGUAAAAGGUGAUGUAGUAUUUCAACGAUUACCUUACAUCAAGGAUUUAAAAAUAAAUGGAACUAUCAACGAUCAAAUCAUAGAAGAUCUUCUGAAUCAAUUAGUUUAUACCGAUGAUGAUAUAUAUUUAGAGAAGGAUGUCAUAUUUGAAGAACCUGUCAAUAUUGAUGGAAAUUUAGCAAUUAAAGAUGAUAUUAAUGGGGAGUUACUACCAAUAUUUGAGAAACAAGUUGUACUUAUUACCAAAGACAUGACUAUUGAAGGACCUAUCAAGUUUAAUAAGAUUGUGGGCGUUUUUGAUACUCUAAAAGUUACCGAAGCACUGAAUACAAAUAAGUUGUAUGGGCAAGACUUGAUAAAACAUUUGGAGGACGCUGUAUAUAUUGAUAGGGGACGUCUAAAUGGAACAUAUUGUUUCAACAAUAUUCUAAUUCAUGACAACUUGUUUACAAAAUAUUUAAAUAAUAUUAAUAUGGAUGCGAUCGUUCCCUUAAAAACUGAUCAACUAAUAGAAAAUAUUACAAUUAAUGAAGCUGUCCUAACAAAUAAUAUUAGUGUAGGAAAUACAGUCAAUGGAGUAGAUUUGGUAUCUGAAAGAAAUAAAACUGCAAUGGCAAAUGUUGAACAAAAUAUAUCAUCAGAUAUUAUAUUUUUAAAUAAUAUCGUGAUUAAUGAAAUGCUUACAACACCGACAGUUAACAACAAAUCUACUUUAAAAAUUGUAACAACAAAUACAGACCAAAUACUAAACGCUACAUAUAGCUUCAAUACAAAAGAUUUUGUAAAUGGUAAUUUGGAAAUUGAUGGUUUAAUUAAUGGAAUCAAUAUUACCGAAUGGAAAGAAUACUCUCUACCGAUAUCUUCUAAUCAAACAGAGGAAAUUAUAAAUAACUGGACAAUUAAAACUGAUUUAGAUAUUAAAAACUUGGAAGGCAAUGGUACGAUUAAUGGAAUGAGUAUGAUUCAGUUAAUUGAUGAUGUUUCGGAAAAAGAAAAAGACCGCUGUGACAUCGAAAAAAAGGUUAUUAGCGAUUAUAAUAGUUUUUGUACCGAUAUUACAUACUUACAUAAACAGGCUAGGAAUCAAAUUUACAAAUUUAAAUAUUUUGAAGAGUCACAGGCGAUAUCUUUGACAGAAAACAUCAAAUAUGUAAAAUUCUUUACACGUCAAAAUAAGCAAUACCUGUUGAUGCAAGAAGAAAAAACUUGUGUAUCCCUAUUACUCGUAUAUAGAGAAAAUAGAUUUUACAAUGCAGCCAGUGUGCAUACAGGAAGCAUUGGUCAAAUUGAACUAAUCAAAGGCGAAAAAGAAUUGUUUUUGGUCAGUAGAGGUGACGAGGAAAUGAAUUUAGCAUGCAAAAUAAGGUUUUCUACUGUUUUGUGGGAAUUUACAGAGAAUAAUUUGAAGUUCAUUGAUAGCAUCGAAGAUCAGCAACUUUUGCAAGCUUCUGUGGUACCCUUAACAUUCUAUGGGUUAAAAUCGGACUUUGUAACGGAGUUCAAAAUAAGAAUGAAUAGUGAAUUUGAAAUCCAAGUUUAUAGAAAAUGGACAGUAAAUUCAGAUAAUGCAGACUUUGUACCAAGAGGCUUCAGCACAGGACUGUCUCUGAGAAAUGGCAAUACAAUACAGCAUCUGUUCAGGGAUAAUUCUUUUAUAGACGAAGAUUUCGGAAUCAAUGCCGAAGCUGUUAUUAUUGGGAAUGUAACGGAAGAGUGGAAUCCCGAUAUACCAGGAAGAAAAGAUGGCGACAUAACUGCUAUAAAAGUUGGAACUAGCAAAGCACCAAAAACUAUGUUAGCUGUGGCCAGGCACAAAGGAACCACAGUGGGCCAUAGAUUAGAUUUGGUUGAGAUUUAUUUAAACCCAUUUGAAAAGAAUAGACAACUAUUUGAUAAGAUACUGACAUACAAGCCAAAUUCUCUCGUUUCGAUUGAAUUAGAUAAUGGAGAAACUCUCCUGGCAUUUAUAGAAAAUAAUGAGAUAUUACAGCUGUACGAGUAUAAAGGUAUUGAAGGUUUCAAACUACGAUCGUCUAUAAAAAUGGGUGCCAGCAAGCUAUUAUUAAUGGAAUUACCUACAGAAAGUAAACUAAAUCCGAAGAAAGUGUUGGGAGUAAUAAAUGGUAAUUUAUUGACAUUACUGGAAGCUGUGAUGGUAGGUAGUAAAAUACAUAAUGAUUUUAAGUGUAGUAUUUCAUGAAAAAAAAUUGUUGUGAUAGAUUACAGCAUUUUCUUGUAAUUUCUUUAUUAAUUAUGUUGUUAUGUAAAUGUGAUAUUUAGUAAUUUUUGUAUGUUUGUAUUUGUAGUUUUUUUUAUUUAAAUAGUCGUUAGUAUAUAAUUAUUAAU